UACCUGUCAAGUUCUAGGUCAGCUGCAUGAGAAAGAGACUGUCUCAAAAGUAAAUAAAUAAAUAAACAAGAGCUGGUUGGAACACACCAGAAUGAGGCUGUCUCAUGACUAAAUAAGGAAAUAGGAGUUGGGUAGAACACACCUCAGUCCCAGCACAGUUCGAGGUCAAGCACAGACGUUUAAGUCAACUUGCCUCUGUCCCAUCUCCUAACUGCUUUGCAACAUUGUGGUGUGAGGCGCUCUCAGGGGAGCGGAAAGGCCCAGGACUGCAUUUGGGAACCCUGGAGCGCUGAUGCAGCUGUCUAGAUGCUAUGGUCCCAGCCCUCAGUUUUGGCUUUUGUGUCCUGUUACAGGGAAAACGCGUCAGGUGGUCCAGAAGCAGCUGACUUCUCUGAUGGACUGUCCUUAGGGAACAGUGGGGACCCUCAGUGUAGACGAGGGCUCUCCUAGUUCAAGCUUGCCAGGAUCUCCCUAGCAUCCGCAGCUGCUACCUGGCCCAUUGUUCACCAGCCCGAGGCAGCCUGCUGACCUCCCAAGCCUUAUACCGUGGGGAGCUGCUGCGAGUCUCAAGCCUGCUGCUGCCUGUGCCCAGGGAGCCACUGCUGCCCACCGACUGGCCCUUCCAGCCACUGAUCCAUCUCUACCAUCAGGCUUCAGAUACUCCCUCUGGGCUUCCUGCUGCUGACUCUGUAGGCAUCGCCACGCGGGUCCUACAGUGGGUGCUGCUUCUGGAGAGCUGGCGCCCUGAGGCCCUCGGGGCGGUGCCUCCUGCCGCCCGCCUGGCACGGCUCAUGUGUGUGUUCCUGGUGGACAGCGAGCUAUUCCGAGAGACUCCUGUGCAGCGUCUGGUGGCGGCUCUUUUAGCGCGGCUCUGUCAACCCCAAGUCCUGCCAAGCCUCAACCUGGACUGCCCACUCCCUGGCCUGACAUCUUUUCCCGACCUCUAUGCCAGCUUCUUGGACCACUUUGAGGCUGUCUCCUUUGGGGACCACCUGUUUGGGGCUCUGGUCCUCCUUCCUCUGCAGCGCCGCUUCAAUGUCACCUUGCGCCUCGCUCUCUUUGGGGAGCACGUGGGAGUCCUGCGAGCCCUGGGCCUGCCGCUGACUCAGCUGCCUGUGCCCUUGGAGUGCUACACAGAGCCUGCUGAAGACAGCCUGGCUCUCCUGCAGCUCUACUUCCGGGCCCUGGUUACCGGCGUGCUCCGUCCACAUUGGUGCCCUGUCCUCUACACUGUGGUCGUGGCUCAUGUCAAUAGUUUCAUCUUCUCUCAAGACCCAAAGAGCUCAGAUGAGGUGAAGGCUGCCCGAAGGAGUAUGCUUCAGAAAACGUGGCUGCUGGCAGAUGAGGGUCUGCGGCAGCAUCUCCUCCACUAUAAGCUUCCCAACUCCAGCCUCCCAGAGGGCUUUGAGCUGUAUUCCCAGUUACCUCGCCUGAGACAGCAGUACCUGCAGACAUUGCCCACAGAGGUGCUCCAGAAUGGAGGAUUCAAGACGUAGUACACUAGGCACUAGCUAGAGAUGGAUAUAUUCUCCUGGGGCUUGCCAGCGGAAGUCUGCUCUUACAGAAGAGCAUCAGUCCAUAAGGGAAGUGGGGACUUGCCUUCCUGAGAGCACAUUGUUUGAGCCAUUUUUAGAACGGAAGAACUCUUAUUACAUCCCGAUACUGGAGCUGAGGAUCUGGGGCUCCGGGGGCUUUGCUAGGAGUGGAGGGUGACCUGUUUACCCCACUGUGGGCACAGAACAGUCUGAGCCCCUUCUCACCCACUCCAGUCCUUACCAGACAUGGGUGUAUGAUUGCUCUGCCGCCCGUUGAAAUAAAUUCUUUUCUAGUCUA